AUGUCUCGGAAAGCGAUGAAUGAAGCCGAGCUGGCUGGCGCCCAGGCGGGGAAACGGAAGAUCGUGAUCCAGAAGGAUUUCAAUGAUCACACGGGGCUUGCAGCCGACGUUUCCGAUUAUUUCAGCACGGGCCCCACCUGGUGCGACGUCAUCCUGGUCAUCCAAGAUGCGAAAUUCUACUCGUGCAAGGGGAUCCUCGCCGCCGUCUCCCCCUACUUCCGAAGGAUGUUUUCAUCGUGCGUCGAAAAGCCUGUGAAAAGGGAGAUCGAGUUGGAGGGCUUCACGAAGGAGGGCUUCAAGCCGGUCUGGGAGUACAUCCACGGAACGAAGGUGGAAUUAGAAGGACGAGAUGGAGUGCUGGCCGCCCUCCAGGAUGCACAUUUGCUUGGACUCAACCGCCUAUGUGACAAAAUGGGCAAAGCAUUGGCAGUCAAGGAUCCUGACGUUUCUGGAAGUCCAAGAUGUCUAAAUCUCUGCAUGGACGCAACUAACUAUCAUUUCCCGGAGCUCCGACAUACUGUUCUUAAGGAGAAAUACAGGCAUCGCGGGUUCCUCUCAAGCAAGAUAUGGUGCCUAGGACAGAAGAAUGACGAAUGGAAGGUGUACGGCAUUGAUAGGAACGAUUUCAGCAAGAAUGAGGUAACCCUCUAUCCGCACAAAGCAGAUGGGCAAUUCAUGCGGGCUUUUGUUGGUAUAGACAAGAAACUGUACCUAAUGGGAGGUGGUGACAUGAGAGUGUUCGAUUUGGGCAAUCAUGAAUGGUUCGAAGGGCCAAAGCCUCCGGAACACAUUCGAUGGCCGGCGACUGCAGUUGCACCAAAGUCAAUGUUCGUCUGUGGAUAUUUUAACCUGCAAAAUAUGCCGCAGGAGUGGGUGUUUCAGUUUGAUGUGGGGUCGGGCAGUUGGGUUCGUUUGAAGGACAUGAGGUAUGCUCGGUAUGGCGCCGGAGCAUGCUAUCAGGACUCUUGCCUCCACGUCCUCGGAGGAUAUUCUCAGAAUCGGUCUAACAAGUACGAACGUCUCGAUCUCCGAGCGUCCACAUGGGAGGAGUUGGCUGACCUCCCCCGAGGCACGGGGCUUCCUGCUGUUGCGUGUUAUGAAGGAGAUGUUAUAUAUUCGGGUGGUGACGGCCAGAAGAAGGUAUACUGCUAUGAUGUACGACAGAACAAGUGGCAGGAAUGGCCUCACAUGGUGGAAGGAAGACAGUGGCACGGCCUCAUACCUUUGGACGGCAAUAUAUAUGCUAUUGGUGGGAUGCAGAAUCCAUCUAUUGAAGUUUUCAAGGGUAAACAAUGGGAAGUUGACUUGCUUGUCGGAGGGGGGACUUUCCAUCGUCAGGCAAUGCCGAUUCAAAACCUUCGUCACACACUUGUCAGCAGCUCUCCAAAUGCCACCCAACACCUCCACUUCAUCCUGGGCAGGAGAAUAGCACUUUGUCAAAGCGGAGUCCCUCUCUUUCGAUUGAGUGAAUCUCCUCACCGCCUCCUGUUCGGCUGCAUGCAUUCCAACUACCCUCAGGGUAUCAUCGGGAAUGUCAUCCCAGUUGCUGACAAAGAUAGUGCCAUCGACCCCACGCAGACAAGUUGCUGGUCGCCAAAUCCCCUCAUCAAGGUCAAAGGCUGCCAGUCCCAGCAAUUUCAUUCGUUAAAGCACAUCACUCUCAAAUCGCGGAUCACACACUUCCUGCCAGUACUGGCCACUGUGCGGAUGUCGGGGAACACGACACAUGACCUCUCCUGCCGCAUUCCUCUUCUUCUUGCACCGGAGCUGAGCUCCGUCACAGGCAUGCGCUAUGCAGAGCACUUCAAAAAGGGAAUGAAAUCCUACCGUGAACAGUUCCAUAUCACCUCCACUGAAUUCUUCCAAUGCAGCAUGAAGAGGAGCCACUCCAAAUGUCUCCCUGUCAUUACUAGUGAACGUGAAGAAGUAGUCCCAUGGUCCACGGCGAAGCAGAGCUGCCAGUUCGUGAACGCGUCGACGAGCAUCAGUCUCUUCAAAGGGGAAUGCAUUAUCUUCUGGGUACAGAAACGGCACACUGCAGCCAGACGGGCGUGCAGUUAUCUGCUGGAGAAACGUAUGCACUGCAACAGGAGUGGAUCCACCAUGACCACAUCGGCUCAAAAUAUUCAACGGAUUGAUGCACUGCAAGCACCCACUGUCACUCCGCAGGAAGUUCGAAUCACUGGACUCGUUGCCACAGGUGCCAUUCCCCAGAGGAUAACAACGUACCACUCUGCAUCUCGAGCAUCUUCCCCGCUGCUGCAAUUCCCAUUGGCAUCCAAGACCCCUUCAUGA